GCCUGAUUUCCAGGAAUUACUCCGCUGGCUCUGGAACGGAGAUGGGAACCCUCCACCCACUGGAGAGGCAGAGCUGGAUAAAAAGGGGCUGGAGUGGGCUUCUCCCAGCCCGGGAGCUGUGGAGCCCAGAGGGAGAAGGAUUUUGGGCCUUUCCUUCCUGCUGCUCUUCCUCCUGAGUUCUUGAGGUGGCUCCCUUCUUCUUCUCCACACCUAUCGUGUACCCCAGGUCUGCCACUGCCACUGUGCUGUGUCCCCUGAGCUGGAGCCCUCGGCUGCCGGUGUCUGCUGGAAAGCCAAGGCUGGGAGCAACGGGAGCAUCUGCUGUGAGCCAUGGCUUUGCAGGAGGACACACAGGAAGAGGAUGCAAAGGCCCAGCUCCUGGCAGAGGCAUUCCAGAAGGAAGGACUGGAUGCUGGAUACUGGCUGCCUAAAGCUUCACAGAUCCUGGGAAUCAAGUGCAGAGAAGCCCUGCAACAUCUGGAAUAUAAAGACUACCUCAGGCUGGAGUGCGAGGUACGGCACCCCUGGGAGAAAAAGGCACUCCAGAAACUCCUGAACAUAAGAGAUGACAAAAUGACCACUAAAGGGGUGCAGAAGGAGCACUUGGAGAAGACAAAACAGAGACAAGAUGAGGCCAAAAAAGCUCUGAAGGAUCUGACAGAAAUGCACAACAGCCACAGCCACAGCCAGGAUACUCUGAGGGAGAAAGCAGAGACCCUGUGGCGAGCCAUGGAGAUUCCCAAAGAGUUCUGGCCACCAGCAGAGAAACCCUUAGCAGAUAUGCUGGAGAGCAUCCAGAAGCAGCUGGAGCAGCAGGAGCAGUCAGCAAGCAGGAGGGAGAACAUCCCUGACACAGAGGUGCUGAGGAGGGCGUCAGGGGGACUGGCCCUGCAGGGCAUCUACAGAACCAGCAGCCCUGAAGAUGUGCUGGCAAAGCGAGAGCAGCUCCUCAGGGUUCCUGAGGGAUUCCAGCUCGCCGGUCCGGAGCAAGGAUCGCUGCUUGAGAGGAAGGAGUUCUCCUCCUCUGCAGCAGAAUCCACUUUCACCAAGUCCAUGGAGCAGCUGGGGUUCAGCAUGAGCGUUUCUGCCAAAUGCUCAUUCUGGGGGUUUAAUCUGGGAGGGAGUGUAGAUCACAGCAGCUUCUCGCAGUCACAGGACACCCACCAGUCCCGCUCUGAGCAGAGCUACUUUUGCACCACCAUGUACCAGUACAUCCCUCUGGCCUCCUGCUACUUCCAAAGGCAUCAGCUUCGCCUCUCGGAUGCGGCUCUGCGGGAGCUGCAAGGCAUGGAGCAGCUUUUGAGCUUCAGUCAGGAAGAAGACAACCGUACCUUGGUGAAGAUGUGUGAGAGCUUCUUCAGGAAGUUUGGCUCCCACAUAAACCAGGGUCCCCUCCACUUUGGGGGGAUAUUCUGGUGGAAGGUGUCUACAGAAGGAUUCCAAACUAAGAAGCAGGAAGAGAUAAAACGACAAACUUCUGAAGCACUGAACAGCUUUGUUGGGGCCAGCUGGGCUGGUUUCUGGGCCAGUAUAGAAGGGACCCUGGAUGUUUCCAAAUCCAGCUCACAGGCUUCUGUCCUGGGGAGAGCCAGAGAGAGUUCUCAUACAGCAAUUCAACUCUAUGUGGCCAACACAGGGGGCCCAGCAGACACAGCUUCCCUUCCUCAGUGGAAAACUGGGCUCGUGUCUGAUAACACAACGUGGUGCGUUAUCGACCGUGGCUUUCAGCUGAUCCCAGUGUGGGAAGUCAUCUUCUAUAAUCACUGCGGGGAUUUUAAGUCUGUUGGCCAGAUGAGCAGAGCCCUCAGGGCUGGGUACAAAGCGCUGACGAAUCAGAGCGUUGGCACCAUUUUUGGAGAGGAACUGGGCAGUGCAGUGCAAGAGGCCAGAGAUUUCAUGAGGACUGUGAAGGCCUGGGAGGUGGCAAAAAUGGAUGAAAGGAAGCUGCUCAUGCUGAUGAGGCUAAAAGAUGAUCUGAGUGCAAAAACCCAGAACCCCAGUGUGUGGAUCAACCUGUGCCUGUCAGACAAAGCCCUGCAGGACCUCCUUGUGAACACCGUGCGGAGCUGCCAGGAGUCACCUCCAGAAAACACCACCUUUAUCAAGGUAAUGUUGAGGAGUCUCCUGAAUCCUCAUAUCUACUCUGUCAAGGACUUCCCUGAGGCUUCCUUCAUUAUGCAAUGGAUCUUCCAGACUGAGCACCCUCUUCCUGGACCUCCCAAGGUCUCUGAGCUUCAAGAGCUCAUCCAAACACUGCAGCAAAUGAAGGAGCACAUCUAUGCUGUCACCUACGCACCAGGAAGCUCUGCUCCUGCUGUUCAUGAAGCAAAGAUAAAAGCCACCCAGACCAGCAGCCUCGCCAUUUAUUCCUUACUCCAGUCUCUCCAGGAACAGGCUCAGAAGGACAUGGAACUGUUGGUGCUCUUGAUUGUGACCAGCACAGGGUACCAGGUGGAAAGCAGCACUUUUCAGCACCUCCUUGGACACCCAGAAAUUCAGUACAUGGCCAAGGAAAUGGAAGCGGCACAUGAGGAGUAUGUGAACCUGAAGGAGCAAGAUGCUGACAGAGCUGAGGCCUUUCUCGUGCUGACAGGUCUGACCGUGACAUCUGAAAGUCAAGAGCUGUCCCUUGAGCAGAAGAGGGAGCGUUUAGUUUUCAUGGAAGAUCAAAUGAAAGGUUUGUGGUCCACACGGAUAAAGAAUCUCCUCCAAAAGCACCAUGGAGAUGAAGAUUGGGAGAGGCUGGAACGGGACUUGGACUCCUUGAUCAGUGGGUGCUUGGAUGACAAAUUGGAUGAACAGAGGAUGCAGAACAUACUGAGUGACCUGGAAGACACUUUCCCAACACCUGAGCCCUCCUGUCAGUCCCAAUCCAAGUCAGACAGCAGCAAAUCCAGAGAAAAUGAAGCCAUUGCAAACCAGGAGUUCCUGCAGUUGCUCAAGCGCCUUGGACUGGAAAGUCACUAUCCAAGAAAACUGGGGAUGGGAGAUUUCCACACCAUCUGCAAGACAUCUCUGCAGGACAGCCAGCCCAGCCAGGACAAGGAACUGCCAUUUUACUUCUUGCAAAAGCUGUUAACUGUGGAUUACCAGGUGAGGUACCUGACUUGCUGGGAAAGGAGCAACACAGGCCUUGCACCUGUGCCACAAACCACAGAACAAGCUGAUGAACCGUCAGAUUCCAUGGCAAACUUUCUUGAAAAUCUGAUGGAAGCAGCCCCUAAACACGUGAGCAGGGACAGCCAUGUGCACCCCAUGGACCUGCAGAUGGCCAUUUUCCAUUGUGCUGAUGACUUCCUGAGACAGACCCUGGCAACCAAGCUGGCCUUCUGCCAACUGGCGCUGCCUCUGCUGGUGCCCAGCCCGAGCACUUCACGCAUCGAGUUCCCGCUCUACGCCCUCAGCCAAAUUCAAAGGAGCUGGGAAGAGGUGGAGAAGGUAAGAAACCAGACCAGAACCAAGAGUUUCAGCAACAAACUCAUCUUUCAGGCACAGGCACCCAUCGUGUCCUUCAUCCGCAUUGGCAGCUCAGCCUCCUCUUCCAAGUCCCAGCUCCUGAAUGCUGUUCUAAACAAACACAAACACAACACUUUCUUCGACCGCCACUGCAGAGGCAGCACCAGAGAGCGUUUGCUGAUGGAAGGGCUGGUGGAGAUCGCCUGGUACUGCCCCCGUGGAAGCCCAAAUGACACCUUUGAGCGCUGUGUGGCUUUCUGUAACCUGCAUGGAGACGCCAGGGAUCAUGGAGCACAGCUGCAGUUCCUGCAGGAGAUAUCUGCUGUCAACGUGGCUCUUGUGUCUGAAUGGAAGCACAUGGACAACAGGGGGAAACAGCUUCUGCAGAACCUGUUGCAGUCACAAAGGCCUUUGGUUUGUCUUCUCACAGAAAUAGAGAAUGCUGCAGCUGGACAAGUCGGCAAAAACAUAAAAAUAGGGAUCAAGAACAGAAACGAAGCAGAACUGAUGGACGAGAUGACCAAGACAAUUGGGAAUCUCCUGGAAGGGUCUAAUCCAUGCUUCAGCCUGGAGGCCUGCAUGGACAAAGCUCGCCAGCACGGAUUCAUAGUGGAUGUAGAUCAACCUGCAUGUGUGACAGCCAAAGCCAAGGCAAAGGAGCUGGUGGAGCUUCUGAAGAAAGAGAAGCUGUCUGAGAUCAAAUCCCACCUGCUGCCACUUCAAGGAAAACUGUGGUACCAGUGGUGCCAAAAGGACAAAGAACUCACUCGCUUGCAGGAGAAGAGGAACAAGAGCAUUGAGCAUCAUCGCAGCCAAAUUGAAAAUGAGAAGAAUGCAAUAAGAAGAAAGCAACUUAAACAAGCUUUCCCUCUCAACCCACUGAUGAAAUCAUUCCUUGGCUUUCUUCAGGCCCAGCCAGCAGAUACCAAAAAAUACUUCCUGCACUGGAUGAAGGUCUUUAUGGAUGAGCUGUCCUGUGGUCGCCUUGAAGAACUGAGGAGAGAUUAUCACAAUUUAUGGUCUGAAAUCCAGACAGGAAAAAAAAGCAAGAAAAAACCCAGUGGCAAUGAUGAGUUUCUGAGGCGCUUGGAUGCCCUCUCUGAUGAAAUCAAUGAUUCAUCCAUUGGCCUGGAGCACCUCCUGAGAGAGGUAGGGCAGAUUUAUGAAGCUGUGCAAUUAAUGAACACAGAGAAACACUAUUUCUCCAAACUGCCAGAAAUUGCCGCAGAUCUCAUGGUUUCAGGGUAUCCCAUGGAGCUGAUGGAUGGGGACGCUUCUUACCUGCCCUUGCACUGGGUGGGAGCAAUCUUUGACAGCUUAAUUGAGAGGCUGGGGGACAAACGAGUGUUUGUGCUCUCCGUGCUCGGCAUCCAGAGCACAGGCAAGUCCACCCUGCUGAAUGCCAUGUUUGGUCUGCAGUUCAACGUCAGCGCAGGGAGAUGCACCCGCGGAGCCUUCAUGCAGCUGAUCCCAGUGGGAGAGGAGCUGCAGCAAGACUUGGGCUUUGAUUUUGUGCUGGUGAUUGACACAGAGGGACUUCGUGCCAUCGUGAUGGCCAAUAAACAGUCUCUGAAGCAUGACAAUGAGCUGGCCACCUUUGUCAUUGGUGUUGGCAACAUGACGAUGAUCAAUAUCUUUGGAGAAAAUCCAUCAGAAAUGCAAGAUGUUCUCCAGAUCGCUGUGCAGGCUUUCCUGAGGAUGAAGCAAGUCAAUCUUUCCCCAAGUUGCCUCUUUGUCCACCAAAAUGUGGGAGAAGCAACUGCCAAGAAGCAGAACAUGGAAGGACAAAGGAGUUUGCAGGAAAAGCUGGAUGAAAUGACCGUGGUAGCUGCUCAGCAGGAAUUCUGUGAUGUCUCCUCCUUCAGCGAUGUCAUUGGCUUUGAUGUGAACACCCACAUUCACUACUUUGCUCACCUGUGGGAAGGAAACCCCCCAAUGGCACCACCCAACCCCACCUACUGCCAGAAUGUCCAGCAACUGAAGAGCAAAAUACUCCUGACUGCCAAGGAUUCACAGCGCAGCAUUUUGAGGCUCUCAGGCCUUAGAGUUCGUAUUGGUGACCUCUGGAAUGCUUUGGUGAAUGAAAACUUUGUGUUCAGCUUCAAGAAUUCCCUGGAGAUUGCUGUGUACAGGAAACUGGAAAGUGCCUUCAGUCAGUGGACCUGGAAGCUGAGGAGUCACAUCUUAGAUGUACAGAUGAGAUUGGACAACAAAAUUCGGAAUGGGGACAUGCAGAAUGUCACCAUAAAAGACCUUGAAGGGCUGGUGCAAGAGACAAGUGAUGCCAUUGAGAAAGAAGUGGAAAAGUAUUUCAGGGAAGACAGAGACUGUGAGACACUGAUCCAGUGGAAAUCAAGCACAGAGCUGAAGCUGAAAGACCUAAAAGAGACUCUUCUUCAUGAAACAAAAAAGAAAUGUGAGACUCUCAUUGAGCUCAAGAAGGAGCAGAGGAAACUGGAUGCAAGGAAGUUGGACUAUGAAGAUGAGCUGCUGAGAAGGAGUCGGGAGCUGGCUGUGAGUCUGAAAGGGAAGAGCCUCAGUGAGAGAGAACUGGAGAAGAACUUUACUCUUGUCUGGAACGAGUGGAUGGCUGAAGUCUCCCGUGCUGCUCGUCCUCCAGAACGGGUGGAUAUUGAUGCAGAAAUUGAAAAUGUCCUUGUGGAGCGGUUUAACGAGCCGGGUAUCCAUGAACGGAUUGCGUCUUUUCCCAAAGGAAGCGGAUUUUCUUUUGAUCCAGAGAAAUACAUCAUGAAGAAAAAGUAUUUACGCUAUAUCCCUGAUCCCAGGAACUUUUUCAAUGUUGGUGCAAUCAACUUUCAGCACAUCACAGACAACGUCAUCGCACGUGUGAGAGCAAAUAUUGCUAAGAAAGAAGAGGAGAAACGCGAUUACAGUCAAAAUUUUAUUCAUGAAAUACUCAAUGAAGUAGAGGAAGCUGUCAGGUCUGUCCCCAGCAAUGCACCCUGUAGUUUUAACAGAGAUUACAGCAUAGAUUUGUCUCUGUAUCUGUGCAGAAUGGCAGCAGAAAGGUUUAAAGCCAUGCACAAAGCAUUCCAGAAGGCAAAUGACCCGGUUGCGUACCUGAGCAGCAAGAGAGAAGAUUUCUUCCGGUGUUUCCAGAUUUCCUGCCAAGGAGCCACUUCGAUCACAACUUUUGCUUUUCUCCUUUGUCACAAGAUUGAACCAGCUCUUAGCCGGGCAGUCUAUGAGAAGACAGCUAAAGCCAUCGCUGAGGACAUGCAGGGUAAAUUCCCAGAUUUCCAGGGCAGCAGAGCCAAUCUGGAAGUUUGCAUCCUGAAAUACCUGGCAAAAAAUGAAAAUUUUGAGUAUUUCAAAUGUUACCUUAUGCGUCCAGAGGAAUGUUUUCAGAAAUACAUUGGAAUACAAGUUCAGAGUUACUGUUUAGAUGGGAGCAGGAGGCUGAAGACCUUUUUAGAUGACUCCUUUAAUAAUCUCUAUCGAAACAUCCUGACAGCUAUUUCUUCAUCAACCCAAACUGUCAAAGACAGAAAAGACAGAAAAGACAAAGUCUCUCUUUGGCUGGAUGAAUUUUGUAGGCAACUGACUGAGGUGAUCAACUUGCCCAGAAGUGACCUGAAGGGCAUCGAGCACCAGGAGGUCACAGACAUUGAGUUCCUGAGCAGUGCCAUGGCAGAAGCUCUGGAUAACCUGAGGGACAAGCUCAUGAAAGAAUUUCCUGAUGCUGACCUGAGCUCGUUUUCAAGGCAGCCUCACACCAUCCUGGCAGAGCAUUUUUCAGGGUGCUGGGCACAGUGUCCCUUUUGUGGGGCUGUCUGCACAAACACCAUGUGGAAUCAUGAUGGAGACCAUCAAGUGGUCUACCAUCGACCACGAGCUUUGAUGGGAACCAUGUGGCAUGGCACAAACAACCUGGUCAUUGAUAUUUGUUCCAGCCUUGUUACAAGUAAUCUCAAAUUCCGGUUUGAUAACAACAAAUGGAUCCCUUACAAGAGAUACCGGGAUGCUGGACCUCCUGCUUCCACUUGGAAAAUUCUUCCUGAUUCAUCCAUGCAGGCGUACUGGAAAUGGUUUGUGUCUCAUUUCAGGACACAGCUGGAAGAUUUGUACAGUGGGAAAUUUCAGGGCAAAGGAAAAAUCCCUGAGGCGUGGGGGAGAAUUACCAAGCAGGAAGCACUGUCUGCGCUGGAGAAGCAAGGAUGUGUUAGGCCACAUCCUUGGGGACUGAGAAGCAUAAGAGCUUUGCAGUUCUGAAAAACUUUACACCAGGAUCUCUGCGAAAUGCAGUUACAAUGAUGGUGCUUUCAAGCCACAUGCAGACAAUUGUAUCCCAUUCUUACCAAAUUUCAUGAAAUAAGGUGCUUUACUGCAGCCUUUGCUCAUUUCUUCAUGAGAAAGCCAGAAUCGUCCUGCCUUUUUGCCAUAAACAUUUCCCUCAGUUUUGUCCUAGAGCCAAACCAAACCCACUCCUUGGGGCAAUUGACCUCCUGGCCAAACCUAAGCCCAAUGGCAGGGACUGGGCAAAGGCAGCACUCAAAGCAACCCUUGGAUCAGCUGCUGUGAGACAAGAAGGGACAGUGCCCCAAAGGCAGGUUUCCUGCAGCAAGGAGCUGUCCUGCUCAGAGAGAGGCCUGCGGGACCUGAGGCCAGCUCCAUGCUGGCUGCAAGCUGGGAUGCUUGGCUUUUGGGUGUCAUCCUUCCCUCCCUUCUUGAAGCCUCCUGGAUCAACUGAGGCUGUUCUCCCAGCAAGAGCUGUUGUGCCUGCGGGCUCAGGAAAGCAGUGACGCCACCACCCUGGGGCUCAGGCAGUGCUUUCACUGCCUGUCUCAGAGGUGCUGUGUCUCUGUCCAGCGCAGCCGCUCCUGCUCAGGUGCCUGGGGCUGCUGCCCUUCCCUCCAGCCCUCAGCCACAGCAGGAGCUGCUCCUGCCCUUGGCCUCUCUGCUGAGCAAAAUCCUUUGGAAUGCCCCAUGUGGAGAAUCCUGUCUGCCAGCACCUUCUGCAGCAGCCCUCAGGGCAGUGCUGGUGCUGCCCAGGCAGUCUGGUGGCACUGGAGCUCUGCUCUGGAGAAGGUGGCACCAGCUGGCUGUGUCCCAGGGAGGUGUGGGGGCUUUUGCUGUGCAGGUACUGCAACCCCACUGGGCAAAGUGAGGGCCAAGCCCUCCUGGAAAGCUGCUGAAGGGCUGCUUCAGCCUCAUCCCCUGCAGGCUCUGUGUGAAAAAUGCAUAUUAUAUCAUUGGAUCUUUGCAAAUGUUAAAAUGAAUACUAUAUGUGCUAUGAUGGAAAGUUAUGCUGUAUUAAUCUCUUUGUAGUAGUGUGGUAAAUCAAGUUUUUAGGCGAUAGCAUAAUAUAAAAUAGAAUCUAUGUGAUGGAAGAUACUUUUCUAACUAGAUCCAGGAAUGGAUAAGAGAAUCAAGAAAUUAUUCUCACAGACAUAAUAGCAACAAGACACCAAAAAUCCCAAGAGAAGAAUGAUUGCCUCCUUAUUGGGAAGACUCAGACUUUGAGCGACCAACAUGAUUGAUUUACAAGAUGAGGGGAGGAGUUGACAAUAACCAGAAAACACCCUUUGUUUGAAAAUAUUUUUUGCAUCAUGUAUGAGAUAUAUGAAUAUGCAACGGGCUAUUGCUUUUAAGGAUUAAUCCUUUGUUAGUGAGGUGAGCUUUUGCUUGGCAGAAGGAGUAAAACACACCCACACGUCUGUAACUCAUUACUUUUUAUUGUCUUUUAUUGUCCUACUCUGAUUGUCCAAAUUCUUAUUACUCUAAUUUGUUAUUACUAUUUUUAUAACUAUUUUAAUUCUAUGAAACUUUUUAAAUUUUAAAAGAAAUGAUUGGCGUUUUUCACACUCUGCUAAUGAAGGAGUUGAUUUGGACUGCUCUGUGUCUCCUUUGUGCUCAGGGGAGACACAGCUGGCGGUGACUCGAACUCUGUGUGCUGCAGACAGGCAGGGGACAGGGGUGUGAAAAAUACAUAUUAUAUGUAUUGGCUUUUCACAGAUGUUGAAAUGAAUACUACAUGUGUUAUGUUGGAAAGUUAUACUAUAUUAAUCUCAUUUAAAUAGUGCUGUGUUAAUCUAAGUAGUGUAGUAAAUAAAGUUUUUAAGCUAUAGCAUAAUAUUGAAAUAGAAACUAUAUAAGAUACUUUCUGUAACUAACUCAAAAAUUAAAAAAGAUGACCAAGAAAUUCUUCACAUUAUCCUAUCUAGAUAAAAAUAACAAUGACACCAAAAUCCCAAGAAAAUAAUUAUUACCUGCUUAUCAAGAAAAGUCAAACUUCCAAAAACCAAAAAAGUGAACUUACAAGAUGUGGCGGUGGGGGGGGGAAGCUAAAAUAAACAAAAACAGUCUAAUUUGAAAAGAAUGUUUAAAUCACAUAUAAGAUAUAUGAAUAUACUAUGAACUAUUACUUGUAAAGAGUAAUCCUUUAUUAGCAAAGUGUGCCUUUCAGCAAAAUACCAAACACCCAGACACCCAUAAUUCUUUACUUUUUAUUGUCUCUUAUUGUCUUUUAUGAUUCUGAUUUUCAUUAUCCUAAUUUUAUUGUCCCAAUUUUUACUACUAUUAAACUUUUGAAAUUUUAACAAAAGUAAGUAGCGUUUUUAACAUUAGGAAAGACAGGCACCCGAUGCCCACACCACCCGUGACCAUCUCCCAUCUUUUCCCCUUGCCUGGGCUCCCAAUCACCAUCUCCCAACCACCACCUCCGGAGGGUUCCAAGCCCACUCCAGGCAACCAUGGAGCUGCAGGGGAGCCACUGUGGCCCCUCUGACUCACUGGGAUCCAGCAGCGCCCCCUGGAGCCGCGGGGAUGUCACUGCAGCUUCCCUGCCUCGACUGAGUCAACAGCGCUCCCUGCUGGUUAUGGGUGUAACUGCACCAAAGAGAAAUUUAUGGGUGAGAAAAGGCUGGUUUUGGUUGCUGUUUUUUUGUUCCUGUAGUUGUUGCUGUCUAUUAUCAAUGCCUUACAAAAGGGAUGGCACUACUCUCAGGCUAAAAAUAAUUUAUUACUCAGAUAAACAUCAGCCUCAAAGGCCGUCAGAUUUUAAAGGAGUAAAUGGUCAGCCAUAGCUCAAAGUAGUCACAGGUUUCUUCUUUACAAGGCAAUACAUAACAUUCUAAUCCAAUGGAAAGUUGUCACAAAGUUUGUUUAGUUUUUCUAAGCUAUCACCUUUCCAUAAUUCUGCUGCACUGUGGAUACUUUUAAUCCAAUGGGCUACCAUUACGUGUACACACUUACACUUCUAUUAUAACAGCUAAAGUCUUACCUUACUCUAUACAAUUACAUUACUACACUAUAAAACCCUUCACACAUUUUACCCAAUGCAGUUUCUCACUUACUUAAGGCAUAUUCUUACUUACAACUACAGAAACAUAAGUUUAUAAUUUUUCUGCUUAAUGUCUGUGUACUUUUAUUUCUACAUCUAUCCAAGCUUCUUCCAAGGCUGCAAAUCAAACCCUUCAGUGUCUGUGGUAGUUUCUAAAUUUACAUUUCUCACAGCUGUUGUUGCUGUUUGUCUUGUUAUAUCUAUAUCUAUGUCUAUAUCUAUGUGUCCUAGGGUGACUGUUAUCGCCAUUCGUGUGUGUAAUUUAUGCUGGAUAUUAUGUUCUGUGCCGUUAAGACUGGCAGAGUGAGAGGAUUUUUUUGGGCCUCUUAUCAGCCACUCAGCGAGACAUACAGAUAGCACCACGACUUAGUGCUGCUUUUCUGCUUUUUGCCCUGCUUUUUGCUUUUGCGCUUGCUUCUGCUUCGCUUCUGCUUUGGUUGCUCUUGCUUUUUUCCCCCUCUUCUCAUUAGUUGAUUUGGCCAAACAGUCCAAAUUCCUUUCUGGACUACUUCCCCUGUGUGGACCUGCCGAACCUGCUCUGGACUGGGAUUGGAACCACCGAUUUGGAAACACCGAGCAGCUGCCCCAGUGCCAGAGGGACUGAUAACAGCAACCACUCCCCAGGAGAGACUUUCUGAAUUUGUCAUCUUUUUCAGAGCGGUGAAAGAGUGGUGUCAUCCAGUAUUGUUCAUUUUGUGUGCCGGGUGGUGCUGUGCUUGUCAAGUAAACAGGUUCUUUCCACCUC